AGAGAACGAAGGCAAGGUUCCCUUCUUUAAUGACAGAAACACGGGACCAUGUGGAGCUUCAGCUUGCUCCUCUUCUGGGGGUGUUGUGGUUUAUACAGCUCACGUAUUCUCUCAACAAGAUCCGCGACAAUUGGUGUGAAUGAAUGUGAAGAUACCACCGUGUGCCCAGCUUAUGCAACCUGCACCAACACUUUGGACAGCUACUACUGCACUUGCAAAGGAGGCUUUCUGUCGAGCAAUGGACUGACGCGGUUCCGGGGCCCAGAAGUAACAUGCAAAGAUGUAGAUGAAUGUUCUCAAAGCCCCCAACCAUGUGGUGCCAACUCAGUCUGCAAAAACCUGCAGGGGAGAUACAAGUGCAGCUGCUUGCCUGGAUUCUCUUCUCCCACUGGAAAUGACUGGACCUCGGGAAAGCCAGGUCAUUUCUCAUGCACAGACAUCAAUGAAUGCCUCUCCAAUGGGGUCUGCCCAGAGCAUGCUGAGUGUAUCAACUCCUUGGGAAGCUACAAUUGCAGCUGCCAGGUUGGAUUCAUCUCUCACAACUCGAUCUGUGAAGACGUGGAUGAAUGUGCCGACCCCGCAACUUGCCCGGAGCACGCAACUUGUCACAACAGUCCUGGAAGCUACUCUUGUGUCUGCAACCUAGGAUUUGCAUCCAGCAGUGGAAACAGGAGCUUGCAGGGCCCAGGAGACACAUGUGAAGAUGUGGACGAAUGUGCCAGGAACUCAACUCUUUGUGGCCUCAGCUCAGUGUGUACCAACACCCCGGGGGAAUACCACUGCUCCUGCCUGCCUGGGUUCUUUUCACCUGUUGAUUGGACCCCUGAGAAACCAGAGGAUUUCAGAUGUACAGAUGUAGAUGAAUGUUCUCAAAGCCCCCAACCAUGUGGUGCCAACUCAGCCUGCAAAAACCUGCAGGGGAGAUACAAGUGCAGCUGCUUGCCUGGAUUCUCUUCUCCCACUGGAAAUGACUGGACCCCGGGAAAGCCGGGUCAUUUCUCAUGCACAGACGUGGAUGAAUGUGCCGACCCCGCAACUUGCCCGGAGCACGCAACUUGUCACAACAGUCCUGGAAGCUACUCUUGUGUCUGCAACCUAGGAUUUGCAUCCAGCAGUGGAAACAGGAGCUUGCAGGGCCCAGGAGACACAUGUGAAGAUGUGGACGAAUGUGCCAGGAACUCAACUCUUUGUGGCCUCAGCUCAGUGUGUACCAAUACCCCGGGGGAAUACCACUGCUCCUGCCUGCCUGGGUUCUUUUCACCUGUUGAUUGGACCCCUGAGAAACCAGAGGAUUUCAGAUGUACAGAUGUAGAUGAAUGUUCUCAAAGCCCCCAACCAUGUGGUGCCAACUCAGUCUGCAAAAACCUGCAGGGCAGAUACAAGUGCAGCUGCUUGCCUGGAUUCUCUUCUCCCACUGGAAAUGACUGGACCCCGGGAAAGCCGGGUCAUUUCUCAUGCACAGACAUCGAUGAAUGCCUCUCCAAUGAGGUCUGCCCAGAGCAUUCUGAGUGUAUCAACUCCUUGGGAAGCUACAAUUGCAGCUGCCAGGUUGGAUUCAUCUCUCACAACUCGAUCUGUGAAGACGUGGAUGAAUGUGCCGACCCUGCAACUUGCCCGGAGCACGCAACUUGUCACAACAGUCCUGGAAGCUACUCUUGUGUCUGCAACCUAGGAUUUGAAUCCAGCAGUGGAAACAGGAGCUUGCAGGGCCCAGGAGACACAUGUGAAGAUAUUGAUGAGUGCCUUUACAUCAGCCUUUCCAACGCGACAUGCACCAACACCCCUGGGAGCUACUUCUGCACCUGCUCUCCUGGCUUUGCACCAAGCAACGGACAGCUGAACUUCACAGGCCAAGACGUGGAAUGCAGAGAUAUCGAUGAGUGCUCCCAGGACCCAUCACCAUGUGGCCCCAGUUCUGUCUGCACCAAUGCCCCGGGCUCCUACAGCUGUAGCUGCAUUGAGGGCUUUCGCCCCCAUCCAGAAGGCUCCUUCAACUUCAACUGCAAAAGGAUUCCCUUCAAGUGCAAAGAAGAUGUGAUACCCAACAAUGAGUGGGUCCAGCAAUGCCAAGUGGGAGAGGCAGUGAUGGCUGAAUAUGGUUCCUUCUGCACACUAAUGAAUGCCACCUUCAGUGUUCUGGACAAUGCCUGUGAAAACAAAACCACCGUGGUUUCUCUGAAGAGUGCGGCUGAGAGCCUUACCUCUGUGCUCGAACAAACAUCCACAUGGUCCAACUUCUCCCAAGAGGAGACCUCUGCCCUGGCCACUGUCAUACUGGAGAGUGUGAAAAGCAGCACCCUGGCAGCUUUCCUGGAACCCUCAGCCAAUGUCACUCAGACUGUUCAGACGGAACAUUUGGAAAUUGAAAGCAAGAUCAUCCAGGGAGAAUGUGCUGAAGAGAACAUGAUCCUUCACUUCAAAGCCAAAGGGAAUGAGAUGAAAAUUCAGUGCUCUACAAUCAAGGAAUCUGAAUCCAUAGGGAAUAUCACAGGGACCAUCGGGGUAGCUUUUGUCUCCUUUUCGGGGAUGGAGUUGUUUUUAGAUGAGAGUUUCUUCCAAGACCCUCAGAACCCCUUGGCCAAUUCCCAGAGGAGGCUAAGGAUGAAUUCUCACGUUGUGCAGGGCAUCAUGACUGGGGAGAAGCAAGAUGGGUUCUCUAACCCAGUCAUUUACACGCUGGAGAACAUCGAGCCAAGGCAGACGUUUGAGAGUCCUAUCUGUGUUUCCUGGAACACAGAUAUGGAGGGUGGCAGGUGGAUACCCUCUGGCUGUAAGAUCCAUGAAGUUUCUGAGAUGUAUACUACGUGCAGCUGUCAUCACAUGAUGAACCUGGCCGUCAUCAUGGCUUCUGGGGAGCUCACGACGGAGUUACCCUUGUACAUCAUUAGCCACGUGGGUUUGAUCAUCUCCCUGGUGUGUCUCGUCUUGGCCAUCGCCACCUUCCUGCUGUGUCGUGCCAUUCACAACCACAACACCUACCUCCACCUGCACCUCUGCGUGUGCCUCUUCUUGGCCAAGACUCUCUUCCUCACCGGCGUAGACAAGACUGACAACCAGACGGGCUGUGCCAUCACUGCAGGCUUUCUGCACUACCUUUUCCUCGCCUGCUUCUUCUGGAUGCUGGUGGAGGCUGUGAUGCUCUUUCUUAUGGUCAGGAACCUGAAGGUGAUGAAUUACUUCAGCUCUCGCAACAUCAAGAUGUGGUACCUCUGUGCCUUUGGCUACGGGCUCCCAGGGCUGGUGGUGGCUGUCUCAGCCGGUGUGCAACCACAGGGUUACGGGAUGCGUAAUCGCUGUUGGCUGAACACAGAGAGAGGGUUCGUCUGGAGCUUCCUGGGACCAGUCUGUGCCAUCAUCCUGAUCAAUUCCAUCCUCCUGACUUGCACGUUGUGUAUCCUGAGGCAGAAGCUUUCCAGUGUCAAUGCUGAAGUCUCCACGCUCAAAGACACCAGGUUACUGACAUUCAAGGCGUUUGCCCAGCUCUUCAUCCUGGGGUGCUCCUGGGUGUUGGGCAUUUUCCAGAUUGGAUCCAUGGCCAGUAUCAUGGCCUACCUGUUCACCAUCAUCAACAGCCUGCAGGGGACCUUUAUCUUCAUCAUUCACUGUCUGCUCAACCGCCAGGUGCGGGAAGAAUACAGGAAGUGCAUUACCAGGAAGACGAAACGUAGCCCUGAGUCCCAGACCUCAGGGAUGUUACUGUCCUCUGUCCCCUCCACCUCUAAAUCGGGCUAAAGAUCUUUCUUACUGCCAGUAUGCUAUGAAGCAACAUUUGAGGAAAGCAGAUACCUACGGGAGCCUUCUCUGAAAUCUCUUCCAGGCUUAAUGUGCAGAUGUGGGAUCCUGCCAGCCCCAGAACUCUCUGGGAAGCAAGAAUUUCUGUUUCAGAUUAUCAGUUCUGCUCUUUGAGUUCCCAGAGUUUUGUGGAAGCAACAGAUCCCAGUGCAAUGGCAUGACCAAGAUUAUCGGGCUACCAUUUUGGUUUCUCCUAAAUUCGUUGUUGUAUGGCUCCAAGUGUACUUCUCCCGCACCCAUCAUGUGUCUGACACAGAGCAGCCCUCAAUAAAUUAUUUGUCAUAUGACUGACC